AUGCCCCCUCCCAAGGUCCUCAUUGUCGGAGCUGGCAUCGCCGGCCCGGCUCUCGCGUUCUGGCUCUCACGCAUCAGAUGCGACAUGACCAUCAUCGAGCGCGACGCAGCACUCCGCGACAGCGGCCAGCAAGUCGACCUGCGCGGCCAGGGCAUCGUGCUGAUGAGGAAGAUGGGCAUGGAGGCAGCCGUGCGUGCCGUCCUGUGCGACGAGCCCGGCACGCAGAUUGUCGACAGAAGGGGCCGGCAGAGGGCGUAUUUCCCGGCAAACAAGACGGGCAAGGGCAACCAAAGCGCCACGAGCGAGUACGAGUUUAUGCGCGGCGACUUUGUACGCAUCCUGCACGACGCCACCAGGGGCCUCGACGGCGUCAAGUACCGCUUUGGCCUGCGCGUCGAGAGCCUGGUCCAGCGUGAGGGCUCGUCCGGCGUGCAGGUCGUCUUCUCGGACCAAACGAGGGAGGCGUACGAUCUCGUAGUCGGCGCAGACGGGGUCGGCUCUCCCACGCGCAGACUCAUGCUCGGCCCCUCGUUCCCCGAUCCGCGGCACGACAUGGGCGCCCACGCGGCAUUCUUCACGAUACCCGCGCGGAAAGACGACCCCAGGCCUUGGACGGCGUGUCACCUGCCUGGCCGGAGGCUGGUCAUGACCCGCAAAGACCGCCCGGAGAGUCUGAGGGUGUCGCUUGUCGUACACGGCGACUGCGAGGAGCUGGACGCCGCAGACAAGUCGGCCAGCAAAGAGGACCAGAAGAGGGCGUGGGCGCAGAGGUUCGACGCGUUCCGCGACUACCCGCCCAUGCCGCGGUUUCUGGACGGCCUGCUCCACGCCAAGGAGGCGGACGACCUGUACACCCAGCACAUGAGCCAGAUCAGGCUGCCGGAGGGGUGCUGGUCCCGCGGCGGCGUGGUGUUGAUCGGAGACGCGGCGUAUUGCCCGACACCCAUGGGCGGCGGGCUCGGCACGACGGCGGCCCUGGUAGGCGCGUACGUCCUCGCGGGAGAGGUCGCCAGUCGGUGGCGCGAGGCCGAGGGGGAGGGCACGCGGCUCGAUUUCGGGGACGCGGCUCGCGCGUACGAGCGGCUGGUGAGGCCGUUUGUUACGGAGGCGCAAAACGUGCCCUCUCUGAGCUGGCUGAUGCUGCCGGAGACGGAGUGGGGGAUAUGGAUUCUUCAGACCGUUGCUUGGGUGUUUUCCGUGGUGCGUGUCGAGAAGCUGUUUGGCUGGUUGAGCCCGGAGGAGAGCGAUGAGCUUACUUUUCCCGACUAUCCUGCGCUUGCGGGGGAUGAAAGAUAG